ACAAUGGAAGUUGAAAGUUUAUGAUAAUGGUUUGAAUUAAGUGUCUAUGAUCUCAAUUGGGAGUUUAUUGUCCUCUACUUUUCUUGGCCGGAAUUUUAAGGUUCAAAAUCCUUCCCUGUACCAAAAAGGGCUCAUCUACUCUGUCUAUCAACCAUCCGUUUCUCCCCACCUUAUCCAUCCUCUGGCCCCUCCUACAAAGUCCCAUUUUCUUCCUUCUCAUUGUCUUUGUAAUUCUCUCUGUUUGUUGAUUACACCAGGUUUUGAGGGUUCAUGUCAAUGGCAACUGCCUCAGCUACACUUUCUUCAGCCAUAUUUGCCGCUGCAACUGUUGCCAACCCCCGGCGUAGGAGCAUCAAAGUGCAUUGCAUUUCCGGAGUCAAUUCCUUUGUUGGCCUUAAAGCUCGCAACAAUCUGGCAUCACUUGGGUUACCUGUGUGCACCCAUCAGUGCUUUGCAAAGGUUGUCAGGUCACUGAAAGCUCCAUCCAAAGGCAGAAGGGGAGGUGGUGCUCUCACUUCAACAUGCAGCGUAGCCGGCGAGAUAUUCAGGAUUGCAGCAAUCAUGAACGGCCUUGUUCUUGUUGGAGUUGCAGUGGGGUUUGCUCUUCUUCGACUUGAAGCAACGUUGGAGGAAGCUGAGUGAGAGAAUUUAAGUACUUAAGUUGGUUUAUAUUGUUGUUCUUCAGAAAAUAUGUAAUUAUGUUUAAUUCUUCCUCUAUUUAGAACUCGAUUGCUUUCCAUUCUUC